GUUUUUCCUUCUUUAACUGAGGGGUACCAACAAUUUUGUCCACGUGUGUAUAUCCCCACCAAUUGCAUCUCCUCCAAACCAUCCUAUCUGUAAUGUGUGCAUAUUUCAAAUGCACUGAGAUCACCGUACAGGCCUUCUUAGGUUGUGGAUUGAACCCCUACAAUCACAUCUUUUUAGCAAAGUUACACAUUUCACAGUUGUUUUUCAUGAAAAUAACCCCUUCAUGCGUUGAAUUGGCAAUCCAUCUAAUAGUUGCUGAGACAUUUCAAUCUGGUCAGACAGAAUGACUGAAAGACCACUACUAUCCAAAAUAUGGCGAAAAACUGACAAAAUGUGCUUUUCUUCAGCUUCUACAGUACAGUCAGUAAGAACUGUCUUUGCAAAACAAGAAAGAAAUAGUAAAAUAAACUGAAAGAAGCUAAGAUCAAGGCCUUCAGCUGCUAAUAUUUAUUUUAAAGUCUGGUUUUAAGUGUCUGCUUUGAAUUCAUUAUUAUCAGCUGUCGUCUGCUGGUCAUUGCCACUAUAAAGGUCAUGCUGUUGGCAGGAAACAGUUUAAACGGAAAGUGAGACCGCACUGCUUCUUCUAGAAAGACCAAGACUAUUGUUGCCACAGCAUUGUUGACCACAGCAAUGCCUCAGUCUGUGGUUUCCGUGAAAGGCAGGACUGUUAAACAGCAAGAAAGUCAGGAGAAAAUAGCCUCAAACAUCCUCUGUGUGUGAGAGGUCUUGCCGCCAUCGAUCUCUCUGAUGAUUCCUCUGUUAUUUUUUGUUUACAUUGCUAGUCAAAAGUUUGGACACACCUAUUCACUCAAUGCUUCUUAUUUAUUUGCAUUAUUUUCUACAUUGUAGAUUAAUACUGAAGAUUCACCUUUUUUUUGUUUACAACAUUAUUCCAUGUGUGUUCUUUUAUAGCUUUGAUGUCUUCAGUAUUAAUCUACAAUGUACAAAAUAAUGAAAUAAAACCACUGAAUGAGAAGAUGUGUCCAAACUUUUGACUGGUAGUGUAUAAGAUCUCCACCUAAUGUCUCUUGCAUAAUCUCUUGCUCGGGUGGAAGAUAAAAUCUGUAACUCUGAGGAGCACAGAUCAUUUCAGAGCUGCAGUGAAACAUUUUCUGUCUCACCGUCUCAGCUUUGAAGGUUUUCACAUCAUUUCUGAGUAGAAGACAGAGAGGCGGAGAAGAAAAAAAAUAGCACAUGUGUUUCUUUAGAGAACACGUAGUGUCGUUUCAGCGUUUGCGCUGUGCACAGUGCUGGGUUAACCACAGGCAGGCUUGAGGUGAGGCGGAGGGUGAAGAAGGUGCAGUGAAUUUUCACAUGAAAACUGAAACUGCAUUUGAUGGCAACAUGUGGAGGACGCAAACACAGCAGCUGUACGACAAAUAUCUGGAUUUAGAAAUGGAGAAAAUACAGCUUAUUAGACCAAGGAGCAUCUUCAGGAUGUGUUUGUGAGGAGAGUGUGAGCUUCCUAUUUUGGGUUUGAUAGUAUUUGAGCUCUUGAGCAACACUUUAGCACAGAAAGGAAGAGUUCAAGAGAGAGAAGACUGCAAUAUGAGCAGAAACUGCUAAUGGUGUAGAGAGGUGAAGACACACGAACUAACUGAGGCAGCCGAACAUGUGAGUAUCAACUGUUAUCACUCUACAUAGAAACUUUAUUGAUUCUGAGAUGUGAUUGUUUAAAAUGAAUAUUUAACUUGACUUGUGUCUCUGUCUUUGAGGGUGGCAGCAUCAGAACCCUCAUUUUAGGUUUUUAAAUAUCUGACUUAAACAUUGUUUGUGCAUUAAUUCAGAUGUAUACAUGCACGUGUCCAUAUGUCUGUGUCCAGGGCGGUUCACAGUCAAGUUAAUGGGACCACAGCGAUCCCGUGGAGGAGCAGCAGGAGGAGGCUGUCGCUGCUGGAGCAGCUGAAGGGCUGUCAGGAGGCCUGGUGCCCCGGGGCAGCCUGGGAUAGAGAGGGGGCUCAUGCUGCUCUCUGUGGGACGCCUGCUGGGAGCUUCCUGGUUGUGAAGGACUCUGCGACGUCUCAGCCCAGCCUGCUGUGUGUGUCUGCUGGAGCACAGAAUGAAGAAGUUCUUGAUUAUCAUAUCAAAUGCACAGCAACAGUCUUCCAGCUGUCUGAGUCUCGACUUUCUUUCUCUGACUUGGCUCAGCUAGUGCUCUUCUACUCUCUGACCAGGGAUGUGUUGGCUGUUUGUCUGAAAAUUCCCAGCUGGAUCUACAGUGUAACUGAGAAGAACAAAGACUGUCUUUCAGAGCUUGAACCCAAAACUUGGCUUCUCACACCGCCUGAGCAGCCGACUGAUGAAAUGACCCAAAAGGAGCCGAGCAGCAUGAUGUGUUCCAUACAGCUGACUUCCACCAACGGGGCCCUGUGCAUCAUCAACCCCCUUUACCUUCACGAACAUGGAGACGAAUGGCUGACCAGCAGGACGACUGCCACACAGCCAUCAAAUUACAGACCAAAUCGACGGCUCAGCACCUCCCGUCCAUGGGCGGGGGCAGGGUUACAAAGUAAACGAGCCAUCUCCCUGGACCAGGAACCCGCUGCUGCCAGCACAGAGAGCUCAGGUCUAGUCAGAGCCAGGUCAGCUGAUUUACCUUCAACCCCACCAACAGCUACAGUGGUCCUCAGGAGGCCCAGCCGAGAUUCUGCCACCAGCCCCACUUACAGAGCGAGCACAGGGAGCCUUCCUCCGUCCUCUCCCACCACCCUUGGCAGCCUGACGCCCGAGCUGCAGCGCUACAGCAGCCCCCUGCCCCAGUCUCCUCACAGGGUGUCCUGGAUCGAGGACGGAGUGUGGCUGCCUCCACCCAGGCCCUCCUCCUCGCUCCAUCCCCCGUCGCUGGAGCUCGACUCGCUGUCAAUCAGCAGCAUAGAGGAAGAGCAGGAGUCCCCACUGCUGAGCUCCGCACCCCACCACGCCUCGGCGCAUCGCCUGGCUGAUAAGGUCAUAAAUCGGUUCUCGGCGGUGGGCCAGGCCCUGGGCGGGCUGGUGUGCCCGAAGAAGAGACUGAUCAAUCGUGUGCAGGAGCUGAGCGAUAAGAAAGGGGCGUCGUUUGCGGAGGCUGUGAAAGGGUUUGUGGAGAUGACACUGAGGAGAGGGACUGAACCUGGAGGGGCCACGGGGUCAGAAUUCCUGCAGGAGGUUAGGGCAUCGCUCACAUCACUGAGGGAAACACUGUUGGACUAUCCAGAAAUCCAGACGUUGCUGGACGGCAUUACUGACUUAUCUGACUCCGAGAUUGAUUUCCUGGUGGAGCGUUCCAUCCACAGAGUGACUCUGAAACCCGUCGCCACGCACCUCUACACCUGCAUUCACACUUCCAGGACCAGUGACGGCAGCUUCGAGCGUCUCCAGAGCAACCUGAAGGUGCUGGAAAAGAACAAAGUGGAGGAGCUCGGGGGGUCGGCAGGAGUUGGAGUUCCCGACUCCGUCACGCUGGAGCGGAUCCAGCAGUGGUGGACUAGUAUGCACGAGGAGUUCUCCCCAAACAAGAAAGUCAAGAUGCUCCUCAAAGUCUGCAAGAAAAUCUAUGAGACCAUGAGUGUCAAUUCUAGCUCAGGUACGGUGUUUGGAGCAGAUGAUUUCCUGCCCUGCCUGACGUGGGUGCUGCUCCGGAGUGAUUUGGUCACCUUACAGAUUGAUACCGACUACAUGAUGGAGCUGCUGGACCCCACACAGCUACAAGGAGAGGGUGGCUACUACCUUACAACCCUGUACGCCUCUCUCUACUACAUCAGCAGCUUCCGGCCACGACUGGCUGCCCGUCAGCUCAGUGUGGAGGCCCAACACUCUCUAAACCAGUGGCAUCGUAGGCGCACCCUGCACUGCGACCAGUCGCGUCGCAGCAAGAACAGAAGGACCAUUCGCAGGGCGCCGUGCAGGGAGAGAGGCCCGCAGAGCUCUGAGGCAGACACUGGCAGUAAAGAGGAAAGUGGGAAAGAAAGUGAUUUAGUUAAUGCUGAUGAGUCACAGAAGCAGACAGAAAGCAGCACAGAAGCUCUGCAGACGCUGAAGGAGGAGACGGUGCAGGAACAAGGAGCCAGCGACCAAUCAGAGACUCCAACAUCACACUGUCCACCUGUGACACAGGAAGACGAGAUAACAAGCAAACAGGAAGACAGACAGAGUUUUUCUAUAGCAGCAGAAGAGGACCACAGAGGAUUGUAAUGGAGGAGAAGGAUGAAAAAUAUAUAUGGAGAAGGUCGGAAUUGCUGGAAAGGAUCUCACUAGGUCAAAGCCUUCGGAAACCUGCUUGAAUUUAUGUUUGAAAGAGGCAAAGAAAUCUUGGGAAUAAUGUCAUUCAUACACUGGUGUCCGUUAAUUACAAAAACUGCGUCUUUUUCAGUUGUUGCCAACCUAAGGGCUGGGACUCCUCUAUGGGUGACUUUUUUUCAUUUUUUAACUUUUUUCUUCAGAAGUGCUGCAUGUUUUUGAAGAAGAAAAGUCUUUAAACUGAUCAGACUGUCCACUCUGAGGCUGUAGUCUGUAAUAAGGGGUCAGAAAUGGACGCUCCAUUUGAUAGGUCACGUAGUAAAGAGGUUUGUAAGUGGUGCCUUAAAUGGCACCAAUUUUAUUGUCACACAGCUGUGGUGUAAAGAACAUGAGUUUAUAGAAAAAAAGAGUGAAAAUAUAGGACUGCCUAGAGGUUUGGUGGUUGGCACUGUUGCCUCACAGCUAAAAGAUCCCUGGUUUAUGCCCUGUCCUGGGUUCUUUCUGCAUGGAGUUUGUAUGUUCUCUGUUUGGGUUUUUUUCCCCCCAGGUACUCCAACUUCCUCCCACAGUCCAAAAACAUGCUGUGACUGUGAGUGUGAUUGUUUGUCUUUAUAAUGUAGCUAUGUGAUAAAAUAGUGACCUGUCCAGGUGUCCCCUGUCCUCACCCUAAGUCAGCUGGGAUAGACUCCAGCCCCUCAUGACCCUGAUGAGGAUUAAACAGUGUAUAGGUAACGGAUGGAUGGAUUGAAAUUAUGUUUAUUUGGGCAUUGUAUCUGCUGUAAAUCUAUCACAGCUGAAACUUGGCUGGUUUAUGUUUACAUGUCAAUAUACCUUUCUACUACAAACAUACUAAUUCUUCCCUUUUAUAUUUGAUACAGAAGCUUUUUUACUUGGUCUUGUUGUCUCAAAUUGAUUUCCUUGAAUAGGAGGUUAUUACAUUUCGUAACACGUCACAUGAUUUGGAAUUUUUUUUAUAAUGCUGAUUAAAUUAAACCAGUGUCUUUUAAAAUUGUAAAUGUGUUAUUAUGAAAGGAACCACCUGCAAAGAGACUGGAGCAAUAAAGAAAAAUCUGUUUCUGUUGUAUAGUUUGUUGCUGCUCUUAUCAGCACCAUUUUUUUUAGCAGUUCCAUAAAAACUCUAAUAAAGCA